CAGGCGUGCGGCCCAAGUGGAUAUUCAUCUUCGCCAUCCUGUUCACGGUCGUGAAGUCGACGUUCUCCUACAUGCUCGUUCUGGUGGCUUCGCUGGGCUGGGGCGUCACGCGGCCGUUCCUGGACCACCAGGUCAUUCUCAAGCUUCAGGUGUUGUGCUUAUUGUACAUCGUCCUGGACUUUAUUCGCGAGUCGGUGCUCUCUUUCAGGCACAGCUACUCGCUGUCCCUGACCUUUGUGCUGCUUUGCCUGCUGCCAGUCUCGCUGCUCAACGGCGCCAUCUUCUACUGGGUCUUCACGGCCCUGUCGAGUCUGAUGGAGACGUUGCGAGAGCGGCGGCAGACGGAGAAGCUCGUGCUGUUCCAGCGGCUUUGGAAGAUACUCAUUGCAGCGCUGACGCUCGCAACGUGCACGCUGCUCUUCCAGAUAUUCAACAUCUCCCGCAGCAUUACCUCCAGGUGGAAGUACCAGUGGCUCCUGACCGACGGGAUCACACACGCGCUUUUCCUGUUCGUCCUUGCGGCGAUGAUGUACCUCUGGGCACCCCACAAGUACAGCCAGAGGUUCGCGUACUCGCACCAGCUCGACGGCACUGAUGAGAACACCGCAGGCCAGGGCAGCGGCAUCUGGGCGGACGAGUUCGGCCUGGAGGAAGACCAGGACGACCGGGACGACGGGGAGUCCUUUUGGGCGACCACGCGAAGGGACGCGGAGGACGCAGAGGGCUUUGCGGAGCGGGCGGUCAAGGCGCGCGCGGACGUCAUCGGCAUCGCUGGCGGCGCGGCCGUGGUGUUCAGCUCCGCGGAGGUGCACCGCGUGCUGGAUGUGUGCCACAAGGCCUGCGGCGAGGGCGUGGACGUGAGCUGCGUGCCCAGCUGCCAGGACGAGGUGCUCGCCUGUGGCACGCCCUCCCAACGGAAUGCCCCCUGCGAGAAGAAGGCCGUCGACAAGGCCGCCAACUUCCGCGCCACGUGGGAGAAGGAACGCUGCGAAGGCCUGCGUCUGCGAAGCAGGCAGCCCCCAGGAGGUGUGUGCCCCAGCUGGCCUCCACAGGCCCCGAUGGCAGUCAAGGGGCGGUGUGCCGCGGGAGGCGGCGCCCGGGUGUUGAGCCCGCCCCAGUCUACCAUGUGGACGUGCUGAGGCCAGCCCAAAUUGCCUCCUGAGGGCUGCUUGUGCGCAGCCCCAAGCCUUGCGAAGAAGGAGCACCCUCACUCCUUCAUGAAGGUCGCCACUUCGGUUCUGCGCAAGAAGGUCGAGACCGGGUGCGAGGACGCGUGCGGUCCGUACGCGGAUUCGCAUUGUUUCACCGAGUGCGAGACGAUGAUGUUCCGCUGCAUGUGCAUGGAGGAGGACGUCGACGCGAAGAAGUCGGUCUGUGAACAAUGCGAGAGCGAAGUCUUGGCCAAGGCGAAGAAUUUCGACGAGAGGUACCACACCAUCGCCUAGCUGACUGGUCUGUCGCCCUGAGCCAGUUGGGCUCCCGCGUAUGGCAUGGCACUUUUCAGGGCAGGUGUGGGCGGUGGGAUUCGCCCGUCUGCGCCAAAAUCGGUCGAGUCAGGAUGACCACAUGAGGACGGACGUGCGAUGGGCAUGCUCCAUUGUGCAAGUGGAUCCCGCAGAGCGGGGGGCACGGCGACGGGCCCCCAGAGGCAGUUCGCAGGAAGUUCAGUUGCCAUCCGUGGGUGCUCGGAUGAGUUUUUCUCCGCAUGCCAAGAUGAGGUUCUCAUUGCCAGUGAGACGCCUCCGCCUCC